GUUCAACAACUUCAUCUUCUUCAUUCGCUCUGCAACUCCCAGUUUCUGCAUCUAUAUCUAUAUCUGUAUCAAUAUCUAUAUCUAUAUCCAUAUCCAUAUCCAAUGACAUCAUCCUUAUGCUCUAUGUUUAGAACAGUUAUUCCUCCAUGGUACCACAACGCCGACAAAAGCAACAACUUGAGAUACUACUGGACACUCACACAUUGGAAUAAGUACAGAAAGAAGCAUUCUUUCAGUUUCAUUCCCUUGAUAAUUGUUUCUUCUUUCAAGGAUGAUUCCAUCUCACCUCCACCUACUCCUAAACAAUUUCAGGCAAACCAAAAUAUGAGUUAUGAUCCUUCAGAAGAUCUCUUUGGAGUUUCAGCAGACUUGCAGCCCAGGAAAGCUAUUUCAAGUGGCUCUGCACCAAGGUCAUGGUUUGGACCAAAUGGCCAGUAUAUUAAAGAGUUGCCUUGCCCUAGUUGCAGGGGAAGGGGUUACACCCCUUGCAAAAUUUGUGGCAUUGAAAGAUCACGAUUAGAUUGUUCAGAAUGUAAUGGCAAGGGUAUGGUUACAUGUCAUCAAUGCUUGGGAGAAUGCGUAAUCUGGGAAGAGUCCAUCGAUGAACGGCCAUGGGAAAAAGCCCGUUUAAUUUCUCCAUUCAAAGUAAAGGAAGACGAUGAAGUGGACAACCUUGAAAUAAAAUUAGCGGCAAGGAAAAAGUCGAAGCGUGUAUACCGGUCUCCAUCUCCAGAAGUUGGUUUGAAGAUUAGUAGAUCUCUGAAAAGCCUUAAUGCGAAAACCGGUCUAUUUACCAACAGAAUGAAAAUCAUUCAUGGCGAUCCCCAACUCCAUGCUCAAAGAGUGGCUGCAAUCAAGAAAUCUAAGGGGUCGGUUGAAGCAAGAAAACAAGCUUCUGAAUCCAUGAAAGCCUUCUUUAGUGAUCCAGAAAACCGACGCAGGAGAAGCAUUUCCAUGAAAGGAGUGAAAUUUUACUGCAAAAACUGUGGUCGUGAAGGGCACAGAAGACACUACUGUCCAGAACUUGGUCAAACGUCAGCAGAUCGACGGUUUAGAUGCAGUUUAUGUGGUGAAAAGGGUCAUAACAGAAGAAGCUGCAAGAAAUCUGAUACAAUUGAACCGGUUAGUAAAAGUUUCAAACUGCCUUCCUGCAGCAUUUGUAGACAUCCUGGGCAUAAUCGGAGGACCUGCCUUCAACAAACAAAAGUGGCUGCCACCACCACCAAAACAACUUUAAUAAAGAAAACUUCUUCCAACGCAAAUAAAAGGGCAUACACUUGUAAAGUGUGUCAAGGAGAAGGUCACAAUAUGAGGACAUGCCCUUCAAGAAGUACACCCUUUGUUCAUCUGUAACCAAAUCCUUCACUAUGGAGUUAAAUAGAAUUUUCCCUAUCUUUUGCUGAGUUUAGGUUCAGUCUUGUAUAAAAUCUUAUCAAAAGAUUUUGGUGGUCCAACAUCAAUUUGUUUAUCA